GUGUUUUAAACUCUGAAGCGAGUCUUUGCUUUCAGUCCGGGAUCAAUCGCUCAGUCAUGGCGACCGGGAGGGCGGAAUACCGCAGCGCUUCCCGCGUAUAACCAGCGAUAAAUCGACAAUUCUCGGAUUCGGUUCGUGCACAGCAGCUUCUACUCGCGGAAUAUCGUUUUUACGCGCAGAUCACGGACUUUAAUCGCAUUCUUUCAGGAGAAACGGUGUGUUUGUGUCAGUAUGGUGGAGCCAGAGGAGCGCCCGUCAGCGGCAGGUCAGAGACUCGGAGCUCCUGACAGUAUGGGCAUCAGUACUCUCGAGCCCGGUCGCCGCCCCCCCGCCGUGACCCCCGGCAGACACAUGUCCAUCCGCGUUCAGAUGCUGGACGAUACUCAGGAGGUCUUCGAUGUGUCGCAACGUGCUCAAGGGAAGAUUCUGUUUGAUCUGGUGUGUACUCAUCUGAAUCUCAUCGAGGGAGAUUACUUUGGUUUGGAGUUUCAGGAUCACCGCAAAAUGAUGGUUUGGUUGGAUCUGCUGAAGCCGAUUCUAAAGCAAAUCAGACGACCCAAGAACACAAUCCUGCGAUUCGUGGUGAAGUUUUUUCCUCCAGAUCACACGCAGCUGUUAGAAGAACACACCAGGUAUCUUUUUGCCCUGCAGAUCAAACACGAUCUGGCUUGCGGCCACUUGACCUGCAAUGAGAGCAGCGCCGCCCUGCUGGUGUCAAACAUAGUGCAGUCUGAGAUUGGAGAUUUUGAUGAGGUUCAGUGUAAACAACAUCUACUCAACAACAAGUACAUUCCAGAUCAGGACACUCUGAUGGACAGAAUCAUGGAAUAUCAUCAGAAGCACGUCGGACAGACCCCGGCUGACUCGGAUCAUCAUCUCCUGGAGAUCGGCAGAAGACUGGAGAUGUACGGAGUUCGUCUUCAUUCUGCUAAAGACCGAGAAGGCACUAAACUCAACCUCGCUGUGGCUCAUUCUGGCAUCCUGGUCUUUCAGGGCCACACCAAAAUCAAUUCCUUCAACUGGUCUAAAGUCCGCAAGCUGAGCUUCAAGCGCAAACGCUUUCUCAUAAAACUACGGCCCGACUUAAACAGUAACUGUCAGGACACUCUAGAGUUUAUGAUGGGAAGCAGAGACUGCUGUAAAGUCUUCUGGAAGAUCUGUGUGGAAUAUCACGCCUUCUUCCGACUCUUUGAAGAGCCUAAACCCAAACCCAAACCCGUUAUCUUCACCAGGGGUUCCUCCUUCAGAUUCAGUGGUCGCACACAACGGCAGGUUAUUGAUUAUGUAAAAGACUCAGAAUUCAAGAAGAUUCCAUUUGAAAGGAAACACAGUAGAAUCCAGUCCAACAGCGACCUUCCUUCAUAUCCACCCAAACUGUGCGCUGAUGAUCACGGAGAGUGGAAUGCCAGCAGUUCAGGCCAGCAGGUGGACUCUGCUCACCGCGCUCAAGUGACCUUGGAGAACCCGUCUCACCAACGCUACGUUGGGAGCCCAACUUCUCAAAGCAACGGAUGCCGGAACGGGACCCACGACGAGGCGGAUGCUCGAUUCAAGCCAUCCCCAUCCAAGCAUCAGGCAGAGCAUCUGAGCACAGGUCUAGCAUCGCUCGCUGCCAAGGGUCCUGUGAGCAGCAGCGAGUCUCCAUCGGCUGUCAGGGUGAUGGUGAACGGACAGAAACAGAGUCUCAGCCUCGGUCACAGUCCAGAUGGACGACAGCCGUCUCCUCUCACCAGCCCGUUACUGACCGACGGAGGAUUCGUCCGCACGGACGACGAGGACGAGGUUCGCAGGAAGCGAUUCCCCACAGAUAAAGCUUACUUCAUCGCAAAAGAGCUUCUGACCACAGAGAGGACUUAUUUGAAGGAUCUAGAGGUCAUCACUGUGCACUUUCAGAAGUUUGUGGGGACAGAUGAAGCCAUGCCACAGUCAUUGAGGAAUCUCAUAUUUGCCAACUUUGAACCCGUCUACAAAUUCCAUGAGAACUUCCUGAAGGACAUGGAGCAGAGACUGGCACAGUGGGAAGGAAGAUCAAAUGCACACAUUAAAGGAGACUAUCAGCGUAUCGGAGACGUAAUGCUGAAGAAUAUUCAGGGUCUGAAGCUGUUGACGGCUCAUCUUCAGAAGCAUUCUGAGGCGUUACUGGAGCUUGAGAAGACGUGUCGCUCCUCCCGCAAGCUGGAGGUUCUGUGUCGAGACUUUGAGCUCCAGAAGGUUUGCUAUCUGCCGCUCAACAUCAUCUUCCUGCGACCGCUGCAUCGCCUCAUGCAUUACAAACAGAUCCUGGAGCGGCUGUGUAAACAUUAUCCACCGACACACGACGACUUCAGAGACUCGAGAGCCGCGCUCGCAGACGUCUCCGAGACAGUCGCGCAGCUUCAGGGGACCCUCGUCAAGAUGGAAAACUUCCAGAAACUUCUCGAGCUGAAGAAAGAUCUCACUGGCAUCGAGAAUCUCGCCGUUCCCGGAAGGGAGUUCUUCAGGUUGGGAUGUCUGAGCAAACUCUCUGGUAAAGGUCUUCAACAGAGAAUGUUUUUUCUGUUCAAUGAUGUUCUGAUGUACACGAGUCGAGGCAUGACAUCCUCAAAUCAGUUCAAGAUUCACGGGCAGCUUCCUCUCUAUGGAAUGACGAUCCGUGAGAGCGAGGAGGAGUGGGGCGUUCCUCAUUCGUUCACCCUUUUUGGACAACGUCAGUCUGUUGUCGUGGCCGCCAGUUCCAAAUCAGAGAUGGAGAAGUGGUUGGAGGACAUUAAGAUGGCCGUUGAUCUGUCAGACUGUGACGGAUCUUCAGCAGAGAUUCUCUCCAGCAGUUAUACUGACACCAAAUGCCCCGACGAGUCUAGCGCAGAUCAGGAAUCUGAGGACGAUCUGAGCUCUUCAAGAAGUUCUCUGGAGCGACAGGCACCUCACCGUGGUAACACCACGGUUCACGUGUGCUGGCAUCGUAACACCAGCGUGUCUAUGGUGGAUUUUAGCGUAGCUUUAGAGAAUCAGUUGUCGGGAAAUCUGCUCAGAAAGUUUAAAAACAGCAACGGAUGGCAGAAACUCUGGGUGGUUUUCACCAACUUCAGUCUGUUCUUCUACAAAACACAUCAGGACGAAUAUCCUCUCGCCAGCCUUCCGUUGCUAGGAUACUCCAUCACCAUUCCUUCGGAAUCUGAGAACAUUCACAAAGAUUACGUCUUCAAGCUUCAUUUCAAAUCGCAUGUGUACUACUUCAGAUCAGAGAGCGAGUACACAUUUGAGAGGUGGAUGGAGGUGAUUCGCAGUGCCACCUGCUCGUCCAGCCACACGAGCACCAUUCGCAAAGAGCCACACAUCUACUGACCAAAGAGAGAGAGAGAGAGAGAGAGAGAGACGACACGACACACACAAACAAACCGCCCGCAACAAACACACACACACAACCGGCCGAAACAUCAGGUUCUCAAUCAGGUUCUAACAAGAUGUAUCUUAUUACAGCAGAAACGGUUUUGUGUGCUACGUUCUUGCUUCACUUUAUCAAAAGAUCGAGGAGACUUCUAAUGGGUUGGAGUGACGUCAUAAAAUGACAGAAUAAAGGUUUGCGUCAAUGCCAAGCUCCAAAAUUUGACUACGGAGGUGUAAGCAUCAUCAGGUCAAAAUGAAACGCUUCCCUGUUUGUUUUUUUAAAUCUACAGAAGAUAAAUUGUCCUAGCAAAGACACAUUUGUGAAUUACAAUUUUUGUUAAGGCCGCAGUCGAAAACCAAUGCAUCAGUUUUCUGUAUGUAGGAGUUUGUGAAUUAAAUACUUUUAUAAAAGUUUUACACCAAAAGUUUUGACAGAGAAACCUUUUUCCAGGUCUGGUGAUUAAUGUAGAAGAAUAAAGCCCUUCCAUCUGUUUUGGUUGAAUCUCAUGGAACAUUAGUAAAUUUUACUCCAAAACUAUUUUAAUUAAUAUGAAAUUUCUGCGACAAUUAAGCACAUUUACCCUCUCAUGGAAAAAGACCCACUACAGGAAUGCAAAAAUGUUAUAUACAGUUGUAAGUAUACACUAUGGUAAUAGUUGUUAAACAUUUUUUAUAGCACUACAAUCAGGAUUGUGAAUGUGCUUAAUUGUCUGAAAGUGCUUAAAACACAGAAACAUGUUUCUGUUUUAUAAGCAAAGUAUAAUAUCUUUUUUGCGUUAGAUUUUGGGGUGAAAUGUAUGACACAUGAAAUGAACCCACAUCAAAAGACGGAUGUCUACGCACGUCUGGAUUUGUACUGUCCUAAGAAAAUGUUUCUCUGCAGGCCUGAGACUGACAGACAGACGCUGCCUUUCUACAUUCAUUUCUUUUUCUAGGAUGUGAUUUUGAUACGAUUUUGAUACUGAACUGUGAAUCACUCCUCAGUCGUUGUGUGAUCUGUGGGGGUUUCUUCUCCUACAGUAGGUGGUCAUCGUUCUCUCAUGGUGCAGAAGUUUUUCUGAUGGAUCCCAGCUGCCUUUGUCUAACUGCUCCAGUGCCAAACACUUUCACAUUUAGUUUCCCUUGAGGAUCUUUGUAUCUUUUGUACGUUAUCGAUGCGCUUCGGAGCAUUUUAAUCCUUUUUCUUUAUUAAUACGGAUAUAAAUAAACAUGCAUUAUUUGUCAGCAAAAAAUAUUUGAUGGUAAUUGAAUAUCUUCAGAAUAAAUUCAUUUAUAUGUCAUGCA